CUGGGUGUCCCAUUGGAAGGCAUAAUAGUUGGCAUGAUCUGUGGACUGGGCGUGGUCGGUCUUGCUUACCAGUCUGGCGUCGUGAUGCCCUAUGAGAGUCUCAGAGCCAAUGACACAUGUAUGGGGGCAGGCGAGGCAGCUGCGCAUGUUCAUCGACGAGUCGCUUGACGAGGUCCCUUUCAAGGCAAUUAACUACCUGACUGGAGAGUGCAACUACGGGGGGCGCGUCACGGAGAAGCAGGACCGCCGGCUGCUGAUGACGCUCCUGGCCGACUACUACUCCCCAGCGGCGCUCAACGACGACUACACGCUGUGUGUCGAACACCCGGACUGGUAUGUGAUACCACCCGUGGGUACCCACGAGGCAACUCUUGAGGCCAUUGGCAAAAUGAGUAUGGUGGUGCCUCCUGGCGUAUACGGUUUUCACGAAAACGCGAAUCUUACGCGGGAGCAGAACGAGACGUACAGUCUGAUGGAGAAUCUUCUCCUCACCGUUGGACAGGACGCCGCAGGAGGUGGUGGCUCCUCGUCAGAGGACACGAUCCGCGAGGUGACCGAAGACAUCCUUCGCCGUACGCCCGAGCCCUGGGACCUGGCGCAGGUGCAGGAGAUGUACCCAACUAUGUACGAAGAGUCCAUGAACACUGUGCUGAUCCAAGAGUUGACGCGCUUCAAUCGGCUCACCCACGUCAUCAAGGCGAGCCUGCACGACAUACAGAAGGCCUUGAAGGGGCUGUUGCUGAUGAGCGAGGAUCUGGAGCAAGUGUUCAACUCCAUCUUCAACGGGAAGACGCCAUCACUGUGGCUUGCCAGCAGCUACCCGUCCUUGAAGCCAUUGGGCAGCUACACGAAUGAUUUGAUAGAGCGCCUGAAAUUCUUCCAGAACUGGAUAGACCAAGGCAUUCCUGUCAAGUUCUGGAUCAGCGGCAUCUACUUCACUCAGGCGUUCACCACGGGGGCGUCCCAGAACUAUGCCCGCAAGUACACCAUCCCCAUCGACACCUUGACGUUCGACUUCGAGAUGCCGACGGAGCAAGAGCCCAAGGAGAGGCCAGAGAACGGGGUUUACACAUAUGGUACUUUCCUGGAGGGCUGCAAGUGGGACUGGCAAAAGUGGGAAUUGCAAGAGAGCGACCCCAAGGUGCUGUACGUGCCAGUUCCGCUGAUUUGGAUAGUCCCCUGCAAAAAGGUGGACCUCCGCCAAUUCCCGUCUUACGAAUGCCCGAUGUACAAGGUAUCCACCCGAAAGGGAACGCUUUCCACAACUGGGCACAGCACGAACUUCGUCAUGCCGAUCAGGAUCAGCUCCUCGCAUCCAGAGUCCCACUGGGUCAAGCGCGGCGUGGCAAUGCUCACCCAGCUGGACUCGUGA